UUGGUCGCAUUUAAUGCCCCUCAGUACUACAGGACACUAUGACAAGCUCCAUGACUCUCUCUCUCUUCCUCUCUCUCUCUUCCUAUCUGGGUUUCUCAAGAUUUCCAUGAGCUAAUGCUGAAUGUAUAACUCUAGCUCUUACUUUCAUCACUCAAUUUCUCUCUCUACACUUCUUUUUUAGUCGGCUAAAAAAAAUCCAGUUCACGAAUUACUUGGAGGUGCUUCUUUCUUGGGUUGGGAAUUUCGGAUAAGCUUUAAGCUUUCAAGGGCCUUUUUAAGGAUGUUAUGAUGUUAUUGCCUUGCGCUCUGGGAUCUGAAAGGGAGAGUGAAGAGAGUAACUAAGAAGCGUGUGGGUUGACUUUGAAAAGAAGUAUUUGGUUUGUGUGUAUAGAAAGAGAAUGUUUGAAAGGAGAGCAAGGGAAUGGAAUCUCCUUGCAAAGCUUGUGCUUUUCACUAGUCUAUGGCAGCUUGCUUCUGCUCUUGGCUCGAUGUCUUCAAUUGCAAUAUCCUACGGAGAGGGUGGCUCUGUGUUCUGUGGUCUGAAAUCUGAUGGUUCUCAUCUUGUGGUUUGCUAUGGAUCGAAUGCAGCGAUCCUCUAUGGAACUCCUGCUCAUUUCCAGUUCAUCGGUUUGACGGGUGGAGAUGGUUUUAUGUGUGGGCUUCUGAUGCAAUCUCAUCAGCCAUAUUGUUGGGGAAACAGUGGAUUUAUUCAAAUGGGAGUUCCACAACCAAUGAUCAAAGGAGCUGAGUACUUAGAAGUUAGUGCUGGAGAUUACCAUCUCUGCGGUUUGAGGAAACCGUUAAUGGGAAGACGAAAGAGCGUUUCUUCUUCUUCUUCUUCUUCCCUUGUUGAUUGUUGGGGAUACAAUAUGACCAGAAACUUUGUCUUUGAUAAGGAGAUACAUUCACUCUCGGCUGGCUCUGAGUUCAACUGUGGGCUGUCUUCAAAAGACAAAUCUGUUUUCUGUUGGGGAGACGAGAAUAGCAGUCAAGUAAUCACUUUGAGCCCAAAGGAAACAAAGUUUCAGAAGAUUGCAGCUGGUGGAUACCAUGUAUGUGGCAUUCUUGACGGGUUGAGUUCUCGAGUGCUCUGUUGGGGAAAGAGCUUAGAGUUCGAAGCUGAGAUCUCCGGGACCUCCACGCCUGAACAGAUUCUUGAUCUUCCACCAAAAGAGCCACUCUUAACAGUGGUCGGUGGCAAGUUUUACGCUUGUGGAAUCAAAAGCUUUGAUCACAGUGCGGUUUGUUGGGGCUUUUUCGUGAAUAGGAGUACACCUGCUCCUAAAGGUGUCGACUUUUAUGAUCUUGCUGCAGGGGAUUACUUCACUUGCGGAGUUCUCUCAGGGAGUUCUAUGUCCCCGGUUUGUUGGGGUCUUGGUUUCCCUGCUUCUAUCCCUUUAGCUGUCUCACCAGGACUCUGUAUAGACACUCCUUGCCCGCCGGGAAGUCAUGUACUCGGAAACCGAGACAACUCGCCUUGCAAAUCUCCUGGCUCUCACAUUUGCUUGCCCUGUAGUACCAGUUGCCCUCCUGAGAUGUACCGGAGAAGUGAAUGCACAGAGAGUUCUGAUCAGGUUUGUGUUUAUAACUGCUCCAGUUGCAUCUCCCCUGACUGUUCCUCCAACUGUUCGUCUUCUUUGACCGGUGAGGGCAAAUCAAGAGAAAAGUUUUGGUCACUGCAGUUACCUAUUGCAACUGCAGAGAUUGGCUUUGCUCUGCUUUUGAUAGCGGUUGUGUCCAUAACAGCGGUUUUAUACAUUAGGUACAGAUUGAGGCAUUGUAGGUGCUCAGGAAGUGAUGCAAGGUCUUCUAAAGAUUCAGCUUUCACGAAAGAUAAUGGCAAAAUCCGUCCUGAUCUUGAUGAGCUGCAAAAGCGCAGGAGGGCUCGUGUGUUCACUUACGAGGAGCUUGAAAAAGCCGCGGAAGGAUUCAAAGAAGAGUCAAUAGUAGGGAAAGGGAGUUUCUCAUGUGUGUACAAAGGCGUGCUGAGAGAUGGAACCACUGUAGCUGUGAAGAAGGCGAUAAUGUCAUCUGAUAAACAGAAGAAUUCAAAUGAGUUUCGCACGGAGCUUGAUCUGUUAUCAAGACUCAACCAUGCUCAUCUGCUUAGCCUUCUUGGCUACUGCGAAGAAGGAGGAGAAAGGCUCCUGGUUUACGAGUUUAUGGCACACGGCUCGCUGCACAACCAUCUCCAUGGAAAGAACAAGGCCUUGAAAGAGCAACUAGAUUGGGUCAAACGAGUAACUAUUGCUGUUCAAGCUGCAAGAGGAAUCGAAUACUUGCACGGAUACGCUUGCCCUCCUGUCAUUCACCGUGAUAUUAAGUCAUCAAACAUUCUUAUAGACGAAGAACACAAUGCUCGAGUAGCUGAUUUCGGUCUCUCCUUACUCGGACCUGUCGAUAGUGGCUCUCCUUUAGCAGAACUACCAGCAGGCACUCUCGGUUACCUUGAUCCUGAGUACUAUCGACUACACUAUCUCACAACCAAAUCCGAUGUCUACAGCUUCGGAGUCUUGCUUCUCGAGAUCCUAAGUGGAAGGAAAGCCAUUGACAUGCACUACGAAGAAGGAAACAUAGUAGAAUGGGCGGUUCCUUUGAUCAAAGCAGGAGAUAUAACAGCAAUCUUGGACCCGGUCUUGAAACAACCAUCUGAGAUUGAAGCUCUGAGAAGAAUCGUGAGCGUGGCCUGCAAAUGCGUGAGGAUGAGAGGGAAAGAUAGACCAUCAAUGGAUAAAGUGACAACAGCAUUGGAACGAGCGCUCGCACAGCUAAUGGGGAAUCCGAGCAGCGAGCAGCCAAUAUUACCAACAGAAGUAGUUCUUGGUAGCAGCAGAAUGCACAAGAAGUCAUGGAGGAUCGGUUCCAAAAGGUCGGGUUCAGAGAACACGGAGUUUAGAGGCGGGUCGUGGAUAACUUUCCCGAGCGUGACAUCAUCGCAGAGGAGGAAAUCAUCGGCGUCUGAAGGAGAUGUGGCGGAGGAGGAUGAGGACGAAGGAAGGAAACAACAAGAGGCGUUGAGGAGUCUUGAAGAGGAGAUAGGACCAGCUUCUCCUGGACAAAGCUUGUUCUUGCAUCAUAAUUUCUGAAACGAAGUGUUUUUUCUCCAGCUUUUAGCGACGAUGACAUAUAUAUAAAAUAUUUACUCUGAUGUAAAAUGUGUUUGCAAAGCAUGAAUGUAACAAAGAAAGACACAGAGAGAGAGACUCUUCGAGGAAGAAUGUAUCAAGGUUCUUUUACUAAUUAUUACCAAGUUCU